AUGGGAAUACCUAUUUUCCCCGGCACCAACCACAGCUUGGUGCAGACGACGGCGGCGGACGUCGAGGGGAUGCGACGCGCGGGAAGACUCGCGGCGGAGGUGCUGGACAUGGCGGAAAAGAUGAUCACGCCCGGGACGACGACGACGAACGACAUCGACGAGGCGGUGCACGCGAUGACGAUCGCGGCGGGGGCGUAUCCGAGCCCGUUGAACUACGGCGGGUUUCCGAAGAGCGUGUGCACGAGCCUGAACGAGUGCAUCUGUCACGGAAUCCCGGACGACACGGUGAUCCUGGACGGAGAUAUCAUAAAUAUUGACGUCACGGUGUACCUGAACGGGUAUCACGGCGACACGUCGAGGACGAUCAUGGUGGGGAACGUGACGGAGGAGGUGCGGCGGCUGGUGGAGACGACGGAGCGAGCGCUGGACGCGGCGAUCGCGAUUUGUAAGCCCGGGACGCCGGUGAGGAAGAUCGGGGCGACGAUUCAUCAGAUCGCGGACGACGCCAAGUUCGGGGUGGUGGAUAAGUUCGUCGGGCACGGCGUGGGGAAGGUGUUUCACAGCGGACCGACGGUGCGGCAUCAUCGCAACAACGACCCGGGGACGCUGCGGGUCGGUCAGACGUUCACCAUCGAGCCCAUGCUGACGAUCGGGACGACUCGAGACAAGAUGUGGAAGGACGGAUGGACGAGCGUCACCGCGGACGGGAAGUGGACGGCGCAGUGCGAGCACACGCUGCUCGUCACCGAGACGGGCGUCGACGUCUUAACCGCGUCGCCGUAUCGCGCGUCUCUGUCCGAGGCGUGACCGCGCGCCGGACCCUCGUCGCGUCGUCGC